AUGGGACUGUGGAAGUGGGUGUUCGGUCUAUUCCUAGUUGUGAAUUUGAAACUUCUGCCUUUUCUUUGGCACUUUCGCUUCUUCCAGGCCCUAGGAUCAGGGAUUCUUCUCAACCGGAGGGCCAGGCGCCUUCUGAAGCCUCACCACAUCCUCCUCCCGAUAAUAAGCACUACCAAGGCCCCUUUGAUGGAAAUUGAUUUCAACCUCCACAAAUCCAAUUCAACAUACUUCACUGACAUUGACGUGUCACGAGCGUUCCACAGCGGUGUGAUCUUUGGCCCACUUAUAACAGGUUCAGGUGGCAAACGUUGUAACUUGAUCGUCGGUGGCGUGUCGUGUACUUUCAAGCGGGAAAUCAAGCCCUAUAAAACCUACGAGACCUGGACACGGGUGGCGAGUUGGGACGAAAAGUGGAUUUACACGGUGACGCACUUCGUCCAAAGGGGGAAGCUCAGGGCCGGCCAGCGUGUGCUGCAAUCUCAUUCGUCCGAAUGGGCGGGCGAAAAGCCGGAGACAACUUCGAGAAGCGAAGGCAGCAGAGUCGUAUUUGCCUCUGCGGUUACCCGAUUUGUGUGCAAGAGGGGUCGCCUGACAGUGCCUCCGGCGCAUGCUCUGAAAGAAUGCGGUCUUCUGAGAGUCUCGACAAGUUCAUUCGCCAUCGGCAUCGGCGAGGCUAGACUGCAGCAUGAAGAACAUCCGAACGCAGACUCAGCGGCGAAGCCAGAUGUCGCCGCUGGUGCGUGCUCGACGAUGCUGGAGGAUGUCGAGUCAUCCAGGAUUGCUAACCUGCCCAUUGUACGGCUCCAGCAGGGCUGGGAUAAAGUCCACGAGCUUUUCAGAGAAGACAUUGCUGUACUGGGAACAUACUCUGACAUGGGGUGGCCAUAAUAUAACCGCAGAAAUGUGUGAAGAACUAUUGGUGUCCUGCUAUAGACAUAUUUUUGACACCGCACCUAGAUUUAGACUUACCGUCAGGCAAGAAUCAAGCUAU